AUAUACAUACACACACACACACACACAGAAAAAUGUACACACACGCACAGAGACACAUGUACACACACACACAGAUACAGUACAUACACAGAAAUACACAGGCACAGACACAUGUACAUACAUACACAGACACGUGUACACACAGACACAUGUACGUACAUAUAAACAAACACACACACAUGUACAAGCACACACAGACACAUGUACACACACACAGACAUAUGUACACACACACAUACAUGUACAUACACGCAGACACAUGUACAGAUACACACAUGUACAUACACACAGACACAUGUACAAUUGUACAUGCAUACACAGACACACACAAACACAUGUACAAGUACACACACACACACCCAUAAAAAGUUUCAGUACUUCGUUGUUCACUCACAGAUCCGGGUACUGCACUCUAGGCAGACAGCACAGCACACACUCCUUGCUUUUGCUUUCACUGCACUCAGCUAUUGAGCAGUCUAACGGCUCCCAGUGCCAAUGACAGAUCUGGCCUGAGCUCCGA